AUGGACUUCAACUUGCUGUAUCCGACUAUCAUCCAGGAGUACAACAUCGACUUCAUGAUUGUUGACAGGAUGGAGGAUGAGGAGGGUGAAGAAAAAAUCCCAGAAUCACUGAGUCCUGAGGUUGCCCAGGGCAUUCUUCCCCGUCCCAUUGCUACUCUUGUCAACAGGCGUAGGCAGGCCAAAAGUCUAAUGAAAGACCGCAAAGCGACACAAUCACAGUUGCUUCAGUGGGAUAUCAAACAGAUGGCAUUGAAGCUUACAGCGAACAGUACUUGCGGUUGUCUGGGAUUCGAGUACUCCAGGUUCUACGCCCUCCCCUCGCUGCCCCCAUGA